AUGAAUCUUGUUGUUCUGCUAAUCCUAACAUUACUCCUUUUCAUUGUUUCUUAUGUAGUAGACGCAGGCCAAGUCAUUUUGGUUGAUUCCAACAUAACUCGCUCUUUUGUCGACAUGGAAGCUGAUUUCUCUCCAUCAGUGACUACGGUGGAAACCGGAGUGGUUUAUGUAGCUGAGCCUCUCAACGCUUGCCGAAACUUGAGGAAUAAACCGGAGCAGAGCCCUUAUGGUACUUCCCCUCUUGUGUUGAUCAUAAGAGGAGGCUGCAGUUUUGAGUACAAAGUCAGAAACGCGCAGAGAAGCGGUUUCAAGGCUGCCAUUGUCUAUGACAAUGUGGACCGCAACUUCUUAUCCGCAAUGGGGGGAGACUCGGACGGUAUAAAGAUUCAAGCGGUUUUUGUGAUGAAGAGAGCCGGAGAAAUGCUCAAGAAGUACGCGGGUUCGGAGGAAAUGGAAGUCAUGUUGGUUCCUCCUAAUACAGAGGACUCGGUGUGGUCAUUGUACGCUUCCAUAGCAUUGAUCUUGUCGCUGGCUAUUUUUUGUGUUAUGGUUACUUGUGUCUUCUUCUAUAGAUAUUGCUCAACAAUUAGAAACUCUACAUCUCAAUUCAAUGGGAUGUGCCGUAGAACGGUGAAAGCAAUGCCGAGUGUUACAUUCACUUGUGCAAAAAUAGACAACACUACAGGUUUCUCUUGCGCUAUCUGCCUUGAAGACUACAUUGUUGGAGACAAGCUCAGGGUCUUACCUUGCAGUCACAAGUUUCAUGUCGCUUGCGUAGACUCGUGGCUUAUAUCAUGGAGAACGUUUUGUCCAGUGUGUAAACGGGAUGCGAGAACGACCGCAGAUGAGCCACUAGCUACAGAGAGCACACCGUUUCUCAGUUCUUCCAUUGCAACAUCAUCUCUAGUGUGUAUAGACUCUCCUCCUUUGGGAUCCUCAGUUUCUUUCUCUCCAGCGCAUGUGAGCUCGUCCUUCAUUCAUCAAUUUGUCAGGUCUUCGCCAAUGAAUGGCAGCCGUAUCUCAGAGAAUCUUAGGCGACAAGCCUCACCAUUACAGUCAUCAUCACAGCGAUCACACCUCUCUAUGAAGUCUUCCCAUUCACUGGGUUAUUCGACCAUGUCACCUCUCAACGCGAUGGGCAUGUCACCAUACCGGCCAUACCCAAGCAAUGCAUCGCCUGGAUUAUUCAGUUCAACAAAUCAUCUGCUUUCCAAUUAUACAGCAAAUACAUUCUCUCAUUUCGCCUCUGCACACUCGCUUCCGGACUAGUAGACCAAGCUUGCAACAG